CCCAACCCCCUUCUCCGGACAACUACUACAACAACUACGUCCUUCGUUGAGUCCACACGGCGCCAGAGUAUGAUGUGGUCCAAGGUGCGAAUAUCGCGAAGGUAGUAUGGGGUUGUAAGCCUACAGACAAGGAUGUCACAGGCAUGACAUUCGUUGGAAACAGGUAGCCACAUCAGCAGCUAGUUUACCAAGUCAGUCUUUCUCCUUUGGUACGUGAAAAUCGAACUUGUGCUGUCUGCUCGGUUUGUCUUUGGAUUGCUGACAUCAAGGUUUUUGGCGAGUGUGGGAUGAGCAAAACGGCGAUAAGAUUUAGAUGUGACACGUCGACACCUUAGUACUCGAUGGCGUAAUUGGAAACAUUGCUGUUAGAAGUGCAGUCUAAAUCUGAUCGACUUGUCAGGUCCGGCAGCUGAUGAAAGGAAGGUGAAUGGCCAGGUAAAAACACCCACCCAUCACACAAAACCUUCAGGGUAACAGGCCACCAAGUCAGCCCCGCCCCGCCCUGCGCACAACAACCGCCACCACCGGUCAGGCUCUUUCUCCUCAAGACAAACUGACUCUACAAGUUGGAAGAGAAUUAGAAGAACAGUGCCAGCUCCGUCGCCUUCAUAAUCUAGAAAAUUUAUGCGUGUCAAGUUGGCUGUCAGGACGUCAUCCUUCUUGUAUAUAUUGAGCGCAGCACGAUCGUGGGCAGUUUCAUGGAGACCUGUACCUACAUGGACAACGCCGGGGCUGCUUAGCAUCCAUUGUUCCUGGCCGUGCGCUUUGUUUUGAAGCCAGAUUCUCGAGGGCCAGGAGGAGGGGGCGAAGAAAUGUGAAGUCGCCUACAUGGUUUACUCAAUACGCCACCUGUGAGUAAAUUUGCAUCUUAAGGUGGGAAGCGGAUCUGGAUCAGUUUAGCUAAUAACAGAGAGCUGCAAGCGCGUGGAUUACGUUCCUGACGUGUGGCGUCCCCUUCUUCUCUCCUUCUCUCGCUCUGUGCUUCCGUGUCUCACAGCAUCAGACAUUCUCGUCGGGUUCGGAAACGAACUCUUGGCCACAUUCGUAAAUUCGGAAAAGAAACAAGACGCAAGACUUUUUUUCUCAAAAGAAUUAAGUAUAAGCUAUUUCAGUUUUAAUAGAAGAGUUUGAAAAUAUUUGUUAGAACCAUUGGAAGUCAGAAAGGCGACGACCCUAUCCACAGCGUAACGCAAGAUUUAAAGGGAGAACAUCAGUUUCUUACCAAAGUAAAGAGGGGAAAAAACUCUCAUCGUGUGCGGUUUCAAGGCAGCCGUGAGAUUCCCUGGCGGGCGAAACAACAAAUCACAGAGUUUAAAGAACAUUUGAAAAACAGUGCGCAAGAGAGCAGACAAUCACGAUAAGGGGUACACGCUUUCACUUCUUCAAAGAAGCAGUCACUAGAAACAGUUUUAAAAACUCAAAAAGAAAUAUUUGUUGUGUCUUAAAACUAAGAAUUAAAUUGGCUGUGCAAAAGCUCAUGUAAUGCUAGCAAAAGAAGAUGAAGACCUUCUGUUAAUACAACCUGAAGAAUUGAUAAUACAUCGUCGAGGAUUGAAAUUUAACCCAGCCUGCGCUACUGGCAAUUUAUUGCAUGGUUAAAUACGUGCCGGUCUGUGUGGAGAGAUAAAAGAGAGAGAGAGAAGGGAGGAAUCCGUUUAUUCUUUUCUGAGAGUUCUUGAACUCCAAACUGUCGAGAUCUUGGCAAAAUUUAAAUUUAAAAUGCUCGUCCUUUGGCAGCGUGCAUUGCUUGAAAGCUCGAGCUCUUUGUUCAUAAAUUAAGUCUGUUCGUAGUGAUGUGACAGAAACUUUGGCAGAGGCCGUCCGAUAUAUGCAAACAAUUUUAAUGUAAAGACUUAAUUCUGAAAGAACAUUUUUUCCUGCCUGCUUACCGCGAAAGAAGAAGUGAAACUGCCCUCCACCCUUCCCCAACUCAAGACUACGACUUGUUCUCGAACUGAUUGGUUGUGGUGUGGACAACUCUAAUUAAAAUAGACAAACCGAGAAAUAAAGAACUGUCGAAGACAGCGAAAUCGAUGGCAGACUGACUGAAAUUCAAUAAAGUCGAUUCUGAGUCAAUCAAGAAGUAGUUUGCAGUUAACUUUUGGAAGAGAACUAUAUGAUGAUUUGAAGAGAGCAAACCGAUGGUUACACAACAUCCGUUCGAUCAUUUCCCCUCUGCUGGAGCUGCUGAUUGUUCAAAUGCUGUACUCUUCUAGCAUCACCGCUCCCUGCCUCCCACCUUGUACCUGUACCUGACUGUGGCUGACGAGAGAGCUUUGAUACACCACCAGAGAUAAACUUCCGGCCGAGGAGGCGCGUCACAAUGGGUCUGGGCUGCGCUCAGCUGAUGCUGACGCUCUUGUUAGUCCAACUUCCUGUGGUUCAAAGCCGGCGAAAGCGAGAGAAAGCAACUCUGACGUUCUCUGACUGCGGAAGCGACCCGGACCGCCUCAUCCACUUCCACGAGGUGAAAGCCCACCCGAUGCCCAUCAUUGUCCCGGGUACCCUGUAUGUCACUUUUGCUGGCAAUUUCACCUCCGACCUGCCGCGGCGACUAACGGUGGAGCUGAACAUCAUGAAGUACUUCUUCGUUCCCUUCUCUGUGCCCUGUCUAAAGGGCGGGAUAGGAUCAUGUACAUACGACAAUGUCUGCGCUUCGCUUGAGCGCUUUGAAGGCCGACGGUGCCCGCGGUCUUUGAGGCAGAGAGGUCUUCAGUGCCACUGCCCUUUCCUCGCCGGCCACUUCGCUGUCAGUGACUUGCCUCUCAAUGUACCCAGGGUCAAAGGUUACGCAGGAAGCCUUUUAAAUGGGGACUACAAACUGGAGCUGAACAUCCUAGACGAGGAUCGUGCGGAACUGGGCUGUCUGCAGCUCACAUUCUCGAUGAAAAAGCGUCACCAGGGCUGGCUCUUCAAGAUAUGAACCCAUCACUGUCGAAGCAGACGGUCAAGAUUGCAGAGGUUCUACUCCGCAAAGCGUGACUAACUCUCGGAAAGACUUCAACUCUACUAUUAGUUUGCCUUGUAGGCGGGGAACUCUGAGUACCAAACUCACCGUGAACUCUUUACGGGAAACAAAUUGUUACACGAAAGGACCAACGUACCUGGGAAAGAAACGAGAAGAGUUGCUGCGCAUUAAAAAGAUGAUUAUGUAACAGAAGCCAGCGCUUCCCAUUCCCUCACCGGUACUUACACUAACAUGAACGAUUUUAGAUUAACUGACGUACAGUAGAAAAAUGUGGGUUGGACAAUGUCUGACAUUUUGGUGUUGUACAGUCUGGCGAAUGUUGCAUUAGUUUAAGUUAUUUGGUUGACAAAGUCAGUUACUUUGUCCUUUCGUCACCUCAUGGACGAAUGCGGGGUUUGCUCUGUGUAUUCUGCACCUUCACUUCCCCGUGACAACAGAACUGCCUGGGUAUGGAUUGGUGCAAAGAACACUCGUUGGAUACAACCUUACCUAUGAAUUUCCCCCUAAAAUUUGACCCGAAUCACCUCAUCAAGCAGUCCAAUGCGUCUUCUGGUCUCAGCGUCUACUUUACCAAGAAACACUUCACAACGGUCUUCGAAAUAAUGGCCGCUGCUCGAAAUGUUAAAGGGAUAAGUGAAAAUUGCAUUCAAUACAAGCCAUAAAUAAAUUAGGGAAGAUUAUUAAAUGUAUUAAGAGUGUUGUCAAGUAACAAGCCAGUAAAAUAAAAUCGGCUAAACAACGGUAGCCCAGUCUCUUCAUCAGCUGUUCGUCAGCCAUCGUAGUACGCCCUCACACACACAGCUUGCAACAGUUGAUCGCUUCACAUAUAUGCUGCAGACACACUUAUAUCGCUACUUCCAAAAGCGAAAGUUAUUUAUCACCCCAUUUACGACCUAACAAAAAUAAAUAAAAGUCAAACAGUAAGCAUAACGCUUUCCCCUGAACAGCCGUCUUGUAUUCUAUUCUUAUGUCCUCUAUGUAAAUGUUGGUCGGCCAAAAGGGACUUGACUCUUUGCCAGAUGGCGCAGCUCCUCGUCUGUUGACUUGCAGCAUAGUCGUCGCAGCCAAAGAAGUAAUGAUCGUGUGCAACCCACUGAACAGCACACUGAACAACCAUUGAGCUGCAAGUGCAAUGCCGUGACGACUUGCAACGGCAGGACUAAAACAACUGAACAAGGUUUGAGUUGAAGAUGCAGCAGUGAGCAGACUUUGAGCUGUGAGUUCACAUUUUCACUCAUAUCAGCGACAACGUGCAGUUACAAACUUAAAACAGUCAAGGAAAUUGAAGUAGUCUUUUGAAUCUUGCUUCUUGAAAAAAAUAAGUUAAAAAAAAUACAUAAUUAAAAAAAAAAAAAAAAUCGAAGAAUUAUCGAAAUAAGCUCCACUGCAAAACUGAUGGAAUUUACAGCAGGCUAUUGCUGACCAUUGCUUUGAUGUUUCUGUUGCUACUGAUUAUUUGACGGCAUGAUCCUUGUGAUUAUGCUGUUCUUUAUCGACGACUGUAAUUUGUUAGGUACAAAUCUGUUCGUCUGCAAAUGUUUGUACAAAAUUCAGCCAUGUCUAUGCGUGCUUGAUGCUUUAGGACUUCACAGAAUGAUAUGAUUUUUGUCAUUGUACACUGGCCAGAACCACGUUUGCAACAAGGCAAUGCUUUUACUAGUCUUCAUUUUACUCGUCUCUCAAGUUGUGGAUCGGAAGAAGCACAGGAAAAGAAAUGUAAAACCAUAAAAGGACGUGGGCAGAGAUGAAAAGAAAGGGCCAUUUUGAUCACAGGAUUUCAGGGAGCUUCGAGGGUUUGGAAGUAAAAGCCAGUCAAGGUGAAACCUGGCACCCACGGAUUUUCCUGCAUUUGUUUUAGUGGUUGUAAUCUAGCGACUGAGCACAGCUCUCUCUUGGCGCGCUAUAAAUAGCUCUUCGAUGCCAAAGGGGAAGCUGGAGUUACGUUGGCGAAAGUGCUAAAAUGUUUAACAUACUGUGCUAGUCGGUGGUAAUCCGAGACUAGACACACACUGCCAGCUCGUUCUCUUCUUGCAUAUUGCCGAGUCUAUGACUUCCUGCUUUAGUGAUUGUGAUUUGCAGAUGUGAAUAUUUUUCUCAAAGCUGUAAUAAAAGUCGUGUUUCA